UCCCAUCAUUCAUUUGGCUUCAAAAUGGCGUCGAAAGAGAAGAAAGAAGUGGUUAUCCCCAAAACUCCGGCCGAUCUGCAACGGAUGAAGCUGGAAAAGUUGAUGAAAAAUCCGGACAAACUGGCUCCCAUUCCAGACGGCCCCGAAGGGACCAGAAAACCUCCGACUGCGCCAGAAUUCGUCAGGGAUGUUAUGGGCUCCAGUGCAGGUGCAGGGAGUGGAGAGUUCCAUGUGUACAGAGGAUAUCGACGGCGGGAGUUGUUCAGACAGAAACAUCUGGAUGAACAAGCCAAGAAGGAGAGUCAAAAGGAUGAGUUUGAGAAGAUACUAGAUGCCAACAGACAGGCAGCAGAGGAAAGGACAGCCAAAAAGAGAGCAAAAAGACAGAAAAAGAAGAUGAAGAAGAAAAUGAAGAAACAGGAAGUUAAGACAGAAAAGGAGGAGGAACAGAAAGCAGAAGAGAGUGAGGAGAGUGAAGAAGAUGAACCGGAGGAAGAACAACAGGACCAAGUAAAAGAUGACGAUGCAGAAGAGAACUGUUUUGUGAUUGGUGGAAGAUGACUAACAACAUGAGACUCUAGGAGGAAGAAAACUGUGUCCAAAACAAUUUUAUUUAGGACUAGUGUUUUAUGCGUACAUGUAUCACCUAUUGUCGAGAAAUCAUAAAUGUACAAGGAAUCUAGCUACAUUGUGAGUUUUGUAAAUAUUCUACCUAUGUCUCUAUAUCUACCCAAAAAAAGUUGCAUGCGAAUUUGAAAUUCACUAUUGUUUAUUCAGGCUACAGACAUACAGACUUUUUGUACAAUUUGAUGUUUUUUACUUGAAAAGGACUCUCAUUAAAAUGCAUUACUAUUGUU